AAAACCCGCCGAGUCGACCUCGGUGUUCGAUUUUCGCAUCGGUCAUCGUUUGCGGUUUGUCGGAGUAGUGAUAUACUCAAUAGUGUAAACGUCCUAACCUAUAACAUAAAUUAUUUUAAAAGUAUUCCCAUCGACAGCCAUAAAGGAACGUAAAAAGAUUCACAUUCUUAAUAAAAAAUUAAUAAAUCUGAAAAUAUUAGAAAUGCCUGCCAGCAGUAUUGAUCUGUAUCAUAUGCACGAUGCCAAAAAUAAUUUUGACGCCAUAAGGCCAGCACCCGUAUAUUGCAGUGAAUCAAAUUAUUUUAUGGGCCCUUGUCGAAAUGUACACAUAUCAACAAAUUGCUAUUAUGGUUACCACGACCCCAGUAAAAGAUCUAACAAUGAAUAUGAAAAUACAGACACAGAAAUGCUCGACGUGACAACCAAAGUUUUAAAUACAACGAAAUCAUCGCUAAAUCUAAUAGAAAACAACGCAAGAAAACGGAGUGCUGAUGACAGCAUAAGCCCGGCAACAAAACGCCUUCGUCAAGAGGUUAUGGUGCCAACAACUUCCAACUUCAACCCAUGUUUACUGCGUCCAACUCACAACAAUCCAGAUAUUUCUCGUUGUCUCAUGGUCCAUAUGAUAUAGCUUUAUAUAAAGAAAGUUAACUGUUUAUAUUAAAAAUAAAGUAAUAUAUUCAAUGUUAAAAAUUAUUAAGUAAUGUUAAUUUUAUCUGCAGAAGUACAAACAAUGAAAAGUAAUGAACCUGAGACAAACGAGAAUAUGAAAUUGGAUUCAAGUUCAGAAGAUUUACUGGAGACUCUUUAUUGGCAUUUACAUGGCGGGAACUUUUAUCAGUGUGUGUGAUUAA